UACAAGCUGGUUGCCAAUGUGCAUUAAUAAAACAGAGGAAGAAGCAGUCUUUGACGAUCAGUGAGUGAAGAUGGCAUUGAGAGCUGCACUGAGGAACAAGUGUGGCUUAUCGGGUCUCCUUUCUGUGCGGUCCUCCUGCAGCAGUCAUGGCAGAGUGUGUGCGUCCCCCGUCGCUCAGCAGAGAAACAACUCCACCUCGCCCAAGAUCAAAGUGGAUUUUGACCAAAGCACAGGUGUGGCAGUGAUGCAAAUGCAGAGUCCGCCAGUCAACAGCCUCAGUUUAGAUUUCCUCACGGAGUUCAGCAUCGCCACAGAGAAGCUGGAGAUGGACAAGAGCUGCCGAGGCCUCAUCAUCACCUCGAGCCAGCCCAAGGUGUUCUCAGCCGGGCUGGACAUCAUGGAGAUGUACAUGAAGAGUCCAGAGCACUGUGGAGAAUUCUGGAAAGCCGUUCAGGAGAUGUGGCUGAAGCUCUAUGGCUCCAACAUGGUCACUAUAGCUGCCAUCAACGGUUCCAGUCCUGCAGGAGGCUGUCUGAUGUCUAUUGCAUGUGACUACAGGAUAAUGGCGGACAACCCCCGUUACAGCAUCGGCCUUAAUGAGACACAGCUCGGCAUCGUAGCACCUUUUUGGUUUAAGGACACCAUGAUCAACACAGUGGGCCACCGAACCACAGAGAUGGCUCUGGAGUUGGGGAUGCUCUACAAUCCUUCAGAAGCCCUGAAGAUAGGACUUGUGGACCAGCUGGUACCUGAAGACCAGGUCGUCACCACCGCCACACAGACCAUGACCAAGUGGUUGGCUAUUCCAGACCACGCCAGACAGAUCACCAAGUCCAUGAUGAGGAAGCCAACCAUCGACAAGCUAACGUCCAACAGAGAGACCGACAUCCAAUACUUUGUCAACUUCAUCACCAAAGACUCCAUUCAGAAGUCGCUCGGCAUGUAUCUGGCAAUGCUUAAAAAGAGAAAGGGCUAGAGGAGACUACUUAUACACAUCUGCCUUCAGUGUCCUGUGUUUGCUGGUGUCAGUUGUGCUAAGAGCCUUGAAUGCAGCUCUCUGAACCUAAACAAAUGAAAUAAUGAUUAAAACUGACCGUACACUAAGCCGUGACCCACAUUAUAGCAACCCCUGUCAAGCUUCCUUUCUCGCACAACACGUAUGCAGUUUACUAUAAUGGUGGCAGAUUUACCAUCAGAAAUUUGCAUUAUUUAUUUAUUUGAAUGGGAAUAGACACAUGAGUAAACUUCACACGUCAAAUGUUGCAAAUGUAUGAUAUACUAUGACAUGCUCCUUGUAACAUCAGCCUACUACUACAUGCUAGCAUUUUAAGCAUACUCUUUAUCCAUCCAUCCAGCACAGAGCACUUCACCCUCUUUAAAUCCUGAGUGUAACUCUCACAUUGCUUCGACAUGUUGAGAAAUCCAAAGUUUGAUAGACCAGCCGUGCCGAGUUAUGGUUGCUAAGCUAUGAUUGGACAGUUGCUGUUUGGGGGAGGGGUUUAGUAAACGGUCACUUUGUCACAGUCAGGUCUUCACCAUUCACAGUGCCUAGCCUUACUGUACCUUCAUGAGCCAUAACAACUAUAAAGUAAGCCUGGGUGUAUUUGAAUAACCCACAGUGAGUGGAGCUUUUGUAAUCGCUAACAGAUUUAUCUACAUCAAAUUUUUCUAACUUCUUUUCUGCUAGAAUUUUUAGAAUAAAUGGAUGUGUAUAUGUGGAUGCAUUGGUGUGAUUAAAGAAUUAAUUGAAUGGUCAAAA